GKAGGUCGCCGAGGAAAAUUUUGUUAGACUACUAGUUUGGAGCGGUGCUUCUCAUAAAGAAAUCAGUGAAAUCUACCGCUCACACUGCGGAGAUCUACGGGGUUUGAGUGAGCGUAGUAUCACGAAAGAUCCGUUCAUCGAAUAAGUGAUGAUGAUUUGGAUGUCAUUGUUGGUCAACUUGUUGAUCGUUAUGGUCAUAGUUAYGGCCGAAGAAUGAUGCAAGGAAGCGUUAGAUCAAUGCUUGGUAUAACAGGAGGAGCUGUGAGCCAAAAACGAAUUUCAAGGUCGUUAAAAAGAGUUGCUCCACUAGCCUUUGAUGCAWGAACACGGGACACAUUGCAAAGGACAAAUCCCAUUCCAUAUUAUGCACCAUACUUUGGUUACAAAGGGCAUCUAGACCAAAACGAAAAAGUAGCUCAAAAUUUCGGCAUGACACAUGUAUGCUUUACUGAUGGAUGCUCAAGGUUUAUAGUAGCCUCUGUUACUAUGCCUAUAAAGAAUCCUAUUCUUAUAUACGAGUACUUGUUUAGGCCUGCAUUACUAAGAUAUGGAUUAUUUGACCAAAUACGAAUGGAUCAUGGAACAGAAUUCUGUCUGUGUGUCUUUGUGCAAGAAUUACUGAAAGGAUACCGAUAUGAUCAAAGACGAGACCCAUGGAAAAAGACUGCGUCUACCAGUAACUAUGUAGCUGAACGCAUGUGGCCUGAGGUGAACCGAAGGAUUAAUUACCCUAUAAAAAGACAACUUUGUGUGAUUGAAGCUCAAGAUGAUUUAGAUUUUACUUGUCCACUUGUUAAAUUUUGUGUUUCAUGGGUGACCAUGUUGGUUGCAAAGGAUGCACUUGAGCACUUGAUUGAUUCAUGGAAUUAUCAUCGAAUCCCUGGACCAAAUGGUUGUGUCCCUAUCGAAAACAAAGAACAGACUUCACAUACGGUACAGUUAGCACCUGAGCUAAUUCCAACAGUUUCUGAGGUAGUACAGAUG